CCCGGGACGGGGUGGCGGGGUGAGAGGGGGGCGGGUCCCGGUGGCGGGGGAGAGCGGCCCGGCGGCGGGCGGGGGCCAUGGCCAAGGCCUACGACCACCUCUUCAAGCUGCUGCUGAUCGGGGACAGCGGCGUGGGCAAGACCUGCCUCAUCAUCCGCUUCGCCGAGGACAACUUCACCAGCACCUACAUCUCCACCAUUGGGAUCGACUUCAAAAUCCGGACAGUGGACAUCGAUGGGAAGAAGAUCAAGCUGCAGGUCUGGGACACGGCGGGACAAGAGCGCUUCAAAACCAUCACAACAGCCUAUUACCGCGGAGCCGUGGGCAUCAUCCUCGUGUACGACAUCACUGAUGAGAAAUCCUUCGAGAAUAUCCAAAAUUGGAUGAAAAGCAUCAAGGAGAACGCCUCUGCCGGGGUUGAGCGUCUCCUCAUUGGCAACAAGUGUGACAUGGAGGGCAAGCGCAAAGUGCAGCGGGACGAGGCCGAGAAGCUGGCGAAGGAGCACGGGAUCCGCUUCUUCGAGACCAGUGCCAAGUCCAGCGUAAACGUGGAAGAGGCCUUCAGCACACUGGCGCGGGACAUCCUGCAGAAAUCCUCCCGGAAAGCGGCCCCCAGCAGCAGCAGGCCCCUGCUGGAGCCUGGCCCCCCGAGGAAGGCUGGGGGUAAAUGCUCCCUGGCGUAGGGCCGCCUCGACACCCCCCUCUCCCGCCGCCACCGCCGCUGCUGCUUCCCCCGCCUGCCCCGGGGCAGCGCGGGCGCCUUUCCGGGG